AAUGCACUGUCAGACACAGGCAGUGAAGAAGCAUUGAAUGAAGCAAGGUUUCUUUGGCCUAAGACUUUCAGGGAACCCAGAAAGACACUCUGGAAACUGCUAUGGACAGCCUCCUGAUGAACCAGAAGAAGUUUCUCUACCACUUCAAAAAUGUCCGAUGGGCUAAGGGUCGGCAUGAGACCUACCUGUGCUAUGUGGUGAAGAGGAGGGAUAGCGCCACUUCCUUUUCACUGGAUUUUGGUCACCUGCGCAACAAGUCGGGUUGCCACGUGGAACUGCUCUUCCUCCGCUACAUUUCCGACUGGGACCUGGACCCUGGCCGCUGCUACCGUGUCACCUGGUUCACCUCCUGGAGCCCCUGCUACGACUGUGCCCGACAUGUGGCCGACUUUCUGAGAGGGAACCCCAACCUCAGUCUGAGGAUCUUCACCGCGCGCCUCUACUUCUGCGAGGACCGCAAGGCUGAGCCUGAGGGGCUGCGACGGCUGCACAGGGCUGGAGUCCAAAUCGCCAUCAUGACCUUCAAAGAUUAUUUUUACUGCUGGAAUACUUUUGUAGAAAAUCGUGAAAGAACUUUCAAGGCCUGGGAGGGACUGCAUGAAAAUUCAGUUCGUCUUUCCAGACAGCUUCGCCGAAUCCUUUUGCCCCUGUAUGAAGUGGAUGACUUGCGAGAUGCAUUUCGUACUUUGGGACUUUGAUAGCAACCUCCAGCAAUGCCACCAACAAUGAAUUGUCUCUGCUGAAGAUAGUGGAUAAAAGAACAAUUCUUCAAGUCUUCUCUAUUUUUCUUCGGACACAAAUUCAUAUAUGACUCUUUAAAAAUAUAUGCCUUGAAAAUAGAGAAGGAACACAGGCCCGCUAGGGUGACGCUGACAAUGGUGUGGUUUUGAAUGCAACACUGACCUCUACUGGGAGCAACAGAACUGCAAGACUGGGGAGCAUCCUAAAAUGUCAGUGUUCUAUGACUUUUAGGCAGGAUGAAAGUUGAGGGUAGACCUUAAAAAGCACGGUGGGAAGAUCAAUUUUUUUCCAUCAGUAUCAUUUAUUAUUCGAUUCAUUUGAGUUGUUAGUGGUGUUAGUGAUAGAUUUUUCUAUUCUUCUCCCUUGACAUUUACAUUCAAGUAACACGAUCUCUUCUGUCAGGCCAUGAUCUGUACAGUACCUCCUAAUGAGAGGAUGUGGGUAGUUGUAACCUCAGACCAUCUUUCUAAAGCAUUAAUAACCCAACAUGUGCUGUAUGUUUUAAUUGUCAGAGUCAUGUUUUUAUAUGUAUACAUAAGAGGUUUUUGUAGGGGGAGAAAGAGGAUAUAUAGAUUACUCAUGGUCACCUUCAAACUAUUUUAAUACAAGAUCCUAAAAUAGAUAUGAGGACUAUGAAGACAUUAUAAUCAUGAGUUGAUGCCCCAAGUUGUCAAUCCCCUGGAAACACAGACUUUUUAAAAGAAGUUUAGAAACAUUCAUGAACUUCCCACAUAAUAUUAGUGAACACUUGCAACAGACUUGCUUGAAUGUUAAAAGAGGAAAAUAAUGUUCUCUCUGAUGGGUCUUUUAAUCUCAGAAAUGCCAAUCAGGUCAAGGUUUUUUACCUUUUAUAUGUGUGUGACAUUUAUUCCAAAGAUAUGUUAACUAUAAGAUUGUGAUAAAAGAAUAAUAAAGCUGGACAUGGUGGAGUGCACCUAUAGCUCAAGCUACUACAGAGGCUGAGAUAGAAGGAUUGCUUGAGCCCAGGAGUUUGAGGCCAGCCUUAGCAACAUAGCAAGACCCUAUCUCUAAAACAACAACAACAACAACAAACCCCCAAAAACAAACAAACAAAAAAGAAUAUAUGUUAGAGAAGGGAAGGAUUGAAAGGGCAUUGUAAGGAAAUCAUGCUUUAUCCAGCAAAGUGUAGGGAGCCAAUAAGGGUUCCCUAUUUGUUCCUACUGGUGCCUUAUUAUCACUAACAAUUAUCUUUGCCAAUGAGAAAAAUAUUCAGAAAAGCCAUGUCCUUGUGCAAUUAUUACCUAGCAACCCUCACAAUGCAGAUGAACAGAUGCACAGGAAAACCUGUAUGCAUAAUUGUAUUAUUUUAAUCUUAUUGUACAUAAGUUUGUGAAUUAAAUGUUCAAAAUUGUUACUUCAUGUAUUCAUUUCUAUUUUAUAUUAUGCUAUAUCAUAUUGAUGAUAUUUUUGUCAUAAUUUCCUUUUCUGAUGUAUUAAAAUUAAUUCCUAAAGUCUCACAAGUUUGUAACUUUAGAAAUGAUUAUGAAAGCAAAAAAUA